GUUCUGCAAUUCAGCAAGACUUUUCUUUAGGGAAGAGUGAAGAAUUGGGAACAGUCCAGGAGAAGUCUUCCAAAAGCCUUGUUAUAGGUCCUCUUGAUUUUCGCUUGGAUAGCAGCGCAGUGCAUAGGAUUUUGAAAAUGUUUGUUUGUGCCUUGGAACAUGAAUAUGAACCAUAUUGUGGGAUAAAAUCAGAUAUAAAGGAUGAAAAUGAAAUAAUACUGAAUCCUGAAGAAGUGACUUCUCUGGAGGAAUAUAUUCCUACUCGACAUACAAGUGUUACUCUCCUCAAAUUUACCUGCACAAUUUCCAUGGCUGAGUUCAAUUUGCUGGACCAUUUGCUACCUGUUAUUAUGGGAGAAAAGAACUCAAGUAACUUCAUGAAUACUACAAACUUCCAGUCUCUUCGGCCUUUGCCAUCUAUACAGAUAUUGGUGGAUAAAAUUAAUCUGGAGCAUUCCAUGCCAAUGUAUGCUGAACAUUUGGUGCAGGUGGUUAGCAGCCUUACUCAGCCUUCUGAUAAUCUGCUUCAUUAUUGCUAUGUACACUGCUACCUUAAGAUAUUUGGUUUCCAGGCAGGACUGACAUCUUUGGAUUGUAGUGGAUCUUACUGCUUACCUGUACCGAUUAUUCCCUCUUUCAGCACUGCUCUUUAUGGUAAACUUCUGAAACUCCCCACAUGCUGGAACAAAAGAUCUCAAAUUGCUAUAACUGAAGGGAUAUUUGAGCUUCCAAAUCUCACAAUUCAAGCUACAAGAGCACAGACACUUCUGCUGCAAGCAAUAUAUCAAAGUUGGUCUCAUAUUGGAAAUGUCAGUUCUUCAACAGUGAAUGAAGCUUUGAUGAAUGAAGUCUUCCAGCCUGUAGGUGUGAAAUCUAAGAAUCCCCUGCCAACUCUUGAGGGCUCAAUCCAGAACGUUGAAUUGAAGUACUGCAGCACAUCAUUGGUCAAAUGUGCCUCUGGGACCAUGGGAUCAAUAAAAAUUUGUGCCAAAGCCCCAGGUGACAGUGGAAAAGAGAAGUUGAUUCCCUUGCUUCAGGGUCCUUCUGACACUAAAGACCUUCACGGCACCAAGUGGCUCAAUGAGAGUAGAAAGCCAGAAUCUCUCUUAGCUCCAGAUUUGAUAGCCUUCACAAUCCAAGUUCCACAAUAUAUGGACUACUGCCACAAUUCUGGUAGUACGAAUGCCAGAAUGCAGCCAACAAGAAACAAAAGGCCUAAAUAUCAAGGAGAUCCAGAUGAAGAACAAUUGCCCCCACCAUAUCCUGCUCCCUCAGGGAUGCCUGGACCUAGGCACCGCUGCAGAGUCCUGAACCGACAGGAGGGCGACUCCUCUCCACCCAACAGGUCCCAGUCCUCCAGAUGCCCCUGUGGGAAACCCGAGGCCCACAGCAGAUUAGCCCAGAUGGCAGCAUACAGCCAGGGUGCCCCCUCUUCUACUACCAACCAUUUACAACUAUGGACCUUCUGA